AUGCAUUUAUCACUGGACACCAUGAGCAUGGUGGACGACAGCUGCCUCUCCCCCAGCAACUUCCACGAGUUGGGGAAAGGUGGGGGCGUCGCUGUGGGGGGCCGCGUCCACAGCAUUGACGUCAUCCUGGGGUUCAGUAAAGACCAGGACCCCCUGCUCAGCCCUGCUGGGACCCCGCGACCCCAUAAAGUGGACAUCGAUGGCCUGGUGGAGCCUGGCAGGCAGCAGGAGCUCUCAUCGCACCCGACCUACAGCGGGCACCUCUCCUCUCUGAGGAACGGCAGCACAGAGCAGCAGCAGUACCACGAUACGGGCUUAUUCUCAAACAAGUGUGAUGAAGAGCUGAGUGAGCUGAGGAAGAGUGUAGAGAGUGACGAGGACAAGUCUCCGGACCCAUGCAAGGACGAUCAGCCCAAGAAGAAGCACAGGCGCAACCGCACCACCUUCACCACCUACCAGCUGCACGAGCUGGAGCGUGCCUUCGAGAAGUCCCACUACCCCGACGUGUACAGCCGCGAGGAGCUCGCCAUGAAGGUGAACCUCCCGGAGGUCCGAGUGCAGGUCUGGUUCCAGAACCGUAGAGCCAAAUGGCGCCGGCAGGAAAAAAUGGACGCCAGCACCAUGAAGCUCCACGACUCACCGAUGCUUUCCUUCAACCGCCAAGCCCCCGUUCACACCAGCAUGGGCCCGAUGUCCAACUCGCUCCCCUUGGACCCCUGGCUGUCCUCCCCCCUGUCCAGCGCCACACCGGUCCACAGCAUCCCGGGCUUCAUGGGUCAAACUCAAGGCCUGCAGCCCAGCUACCCGAGCCACACCUUCCUCAACUCCACUCCUCACCCUCACUCUCAUCCUCACUCCCACCCUCAUCCGUCCUCCCACUCUCAUCCGUCCAUGGGCCAGGGGAUGCAGAGUAUGGCUCCUCCCCCCUACCAGUGCACGGCACCAUACCCCGAUAAAUACCCUCUGGAGGACGUGGACCAGCGCAGCUCGAGUAUCGCUGCUCUGAGAAUGAAAGCCAAGGAACACAUCCAGUCUAUGGACAAGACCUGGCACCCCAUGUGA